AUGAAUAACCAUAGGCCACCGAGUUAUCCACCUCCGUCUCGUCCGAACCAUUUUGUACCCCGGGGAAAUACGGCAUUACCACCGCCUGGAAAUGUUGGAAAUGUCCACAGUAGUUCAGGAUUUACAAUGCCAAACUUCAACUUUCCACCGCCGAAUAUUCCGCCCUCGUUAACGAGACCACCACCAGCGACAUCCUACUAUUCUCGCGAUCGUUCGGAUAAGAGCCACACCAACAGCAGUCCGUAUCACUCUUCCGGCCCGCACCAGACGUACAAGCGUCAUACCCCGCACAACCCAGGCGGAACGCAAUUCACCUCCCAAGGAAGGCGCUCGACCAAUCCGGCACCAUCCCAUUCCGGUGGAUCAUAUAAGCAUUCGACCCCUCAUUCGUAUUCAUCGUCGGGACAGAAAUCUUCCUCAUACUCACGUUCUUCGGCACCCCGGUAUGGUUCCAGCGGUAGAUCACAUUCAGUACCAAGCAGCUCAGACCGACUGGGUCGAUCUCGUACGGAUCGUUCGGCUUCCUGCAGACGAGAUGCAGACAAACCUUCCUCCUCCGAACGAAGCAGUACUCGUCACUCCCGGUUCAAAGUGGACACGGAGCGUGCCGAAAUUCUGUCCAAAUGGUGCCGCAACUAUUGUGAAACUUCCGAGGAUAUUGCACGCAAACUGGCGGAGAUGGCCAACGAUGAAGAACGCACCCAGUGGGUACGUUCUUCGCCGGCCGAGCUCUACUACAGACGAGUGUCGGAAAAGGUGGUCGAAUCGACUGCCCGCCUUGACGCACUGUGCACCCUGUUCGAGGAGGAGCUAAUCCAGCGCUCGGCACGGAUACGUGCCACCCAAACGCCGUACAAUCCGCCACCUCGCAAGCGCAAGAUGAAAAUGUGUCGCCACAAGCACGACAAAUGUUCGUCCUCGUCGGAAUCUUCCGACGAAGAGUUGGAGUUCGAGGAUGAGUGCAGUAUGGAAGAGCUGACGGCAAAGAUUAAACAUCCGCUCCGGCUGCAUGUCGAUCUGUGGUACAACGAUCCGGGCGAGAUGAACGAUGGACCGUUGUGCCGGUGUUCGGCCCGUUCCCGUCGGACCGGCAUACGGCACGGGAAGUAUCCGGGUGAGGAAGCGUUCACAAAGUGUGUCCCCAACUCGAACAAUGCGGAUAAAUUGUAUCAUUAUCGUAUUACAAUCUCUCCUCCAACGAAUUUCCUCACGAAAACGCCCACGAUCAUAAAGCAUGAUCAGCACGAGUUCCUGUUCGAGGGGUUCUCGCUGCUUUCACACGAACCGAUCGGUGAGUUACCGACCUGCAAGGUAAUUCGCUUCAACAUCGAGUACACGAUCCUGUACAUUGAGGAGCAGAUGCCGGAAAACUUUACCAUACGCGAGCUGAACCUGUUUGAUCGGUACCUGUUCCGAGAGCUGCUCGAACUGGUCGACUUUACCGUACAGCCGUCCGGUUCCGGGGAGGAGAGUUGCUGUCCGUGCUAUCAUUUUCUACCGCGCUUUGUGCGUGAUCUACCGGACAACGGCAAGGAAGUGCUUGCGAUGAGCGAAGUGUUGCGCUAUCUGUUGGAUAAUUCGGGUCCACUCGUACCACCGGACAUGCUGAAGGAGAUGAUGGACAUGAGCCAGAACGAGUGGCAGGAUUACGUCGACUACGUGAAGGGUAUGGUCGUGACGAACCCGGGCAUGAAACCGUGUUCGGUGCGGGUCGAUCAGUUGGAUCGAAACGUGGGCGAUGUGCCGGAAGCAACAGCGAUCGAUGAGCACGGUCUGGUGCAUCCGGUCAUCGUACACUUUGGCAUUAGACCACCCCAGCUGAGCUACGCCGGAAAUCCCGAGUAUCAGAAGGCGUGGCGAGAGUACAUCAAGUUUCGCCAUCUGAUUGCCAACAUGUCGAAACCUUCGUUCGAGGACAAGCGUAAGCUGGAGACGAAAGAGAACCGGCUGCUGGAGAUGCGGAUGCAGGGCAGGAUGAAGCGUAACAUCACGAUCGCGGUCAGUGCGAAGGCGUUCCACCGGACGGGGAUUAUGUGCGAUAUGGUGCAGCACGCCAUGUUGAUCCCCGUGCUGACGGGUCAUCUGCGGUUCCAUCGAUCGUUGAAUGUGCUCGAACGGUACAUUGGGUACACGUUUACGAAUCGCUACACCUUGCAGUUGGCGCUCACGCAUCCAUCGUACAAGGAGAACUUCGGUACGAAUCCGGAUCAUGCUCGGAACAGCCUGACGAACUGUGGAAUCCGGCAGCCGGAGUAUGGCGAUCGUAAGAUACACUACAUGAACACACGCAAGCGUGGCAUCAAUACGCUUAUCAGCAUUAUGUCACGGUUCGGCAAGGAGCACGAAACGGACAGUAACAUCACGCACAACGAGCGGUUGGAGUUUUUGGGCGAUGCGGUGGUUGAGUUCAUUACCUCGAUCCAUCUCUUCCACAUGUUUCCGGAUCUGGAGGAAGGAGGGCUGGCGACGUAUAGGGCCGCAAUCGUUCAGAACCAACAUCUUGCCGUACUGGCAAAGAAGUUACAUCUGGAAGAGUUUAUGCUGUACGCACACGGAUCGGAUUUAUGCCACGAACUGGAGUUACGGCACGCGUUAGCCAAUUGUUUCGAAGCGUUGAUGGGAGCGCUACUACUCGACGGUGGCAUCGAGGUGGCGGACCGUGUCUUUGCCUACGCUCUCUUCCAGGAGGAUGAUACGUUGCGCGGCAUAUGGGUAAACUAUCCGUCACAUCCGCUGCAGGAACAGGAACCGCUCGGUGAUCGGCAUCAUAUUGGAUCGUUCGAGAUGCUGAAAACGUUAACGCGCUUCGAAGAUUCGAUCGGCGUACAGUUCAACCACAUCCGACUGUUGGCGCGAGCGUUCACGGAUCGUUCGAUCGGUUUCACCAACCUAACGCUCGGUUCCAAUCAACGGCUCGAGUUCCUGGGCGAUACGGUGCUGCAGCUGAUCUGCUCCGAGUAUCUGUAUCGUCACUUCCCGGAGCACCACGAAGGACACCUGUCGCUGUUGCGCAGCUCGCUCGUCAACAAUCGAACGCAGGCGGUCGUUUGUGACGAUCUCGGCAUGACACAGUACGCCGUCUACUCGAACCCAAAGGCGGACCUGAAGACGAAGGAUCGGGCCGAUUUGCUGGAAGCAUUUUUGGGCGCACUGUACGUCGACAAGGGGCUCGAGUACUGCGAGAUGUUCUGCCAUGUGUGUUUGUUCCCGCGGCUGCAGGACUUUAUCAUGAACCAGGACUGGAAUGAUCCAAAGUCUAAGCUGCAGCAGUGCUGUCUCACGCUGCGCACGAUGGACGGUGGCGAGCCGGACAUUCCCGUGUACAAGGUGAUCGAAUGUACCGGACCGACGAAUACGCGCGUGUACUCCGUUGCGGUGUACUUCCGCGGGAAACGAUUGGCGUGUGCGGAUGGGCAUAGCAUCCAACAGGCGGAAAUGAACGCCGCAAAGCAAGCGUUGGAAAAUUCGAAAGAUCUGUUCCCGCAGCUCGAUCACCAGCGACGCGUGAUUGCGCAAAGUCUCAAGCGGCAGAAGGUACCCCGGUCAGCCGGUGGGUCGGGUGCACGGAGUGGUGCGGGAACGGCCGGGUCUUCCGGACCAAAUGGUGAGCAGGAUGUGCCCGGGGAGGAUGAGCUGGAAGAGGAUGAAAUGAUGCAAAGCGCCGCCGAUCAACCGCCAGAAGGCAUGGCAGCGAAACGUAAGCGUGAACAGAAGAAUGCUUCCGUGUUUCUGCCAGAAUCGGCCCGGCUUCCAAAGCAGUACCAGAUACGCCGCCGUUCGCGUUCCAAUAGUAAUAGCAGUAACAGCAGCAGUAGCAGUAGCAGCAGCAGUAAUGAAAGCAGACGUAAAAGUAACCAUGAAACCGCUGCUCCCAGCGACAUCAGUUCCGAAUCGGACGAACCGGUGAUUGAGCAUAAAACAGAAGAUAAUGAAACUAAAGUGGUAGCGGAACCGGCCAUGCAGGAAGUGGAAACGAUGAUGGAAGAAACAGUAGAUGUGGCACCGUCGUAUCAAAUGAAGUUGGAACCGCUGGACGAGUGCGAGUAUAGCUCCGUGUCGGAUGACGAGGAUUUGGGCCUGGACGAUAUUUCCGACGGCGACGAACAGUUUACGGCUGAGGUGGUGACCAACACUAUCUUAGAAAUAGUAGAAGAUAUUAAACCCUGCGUUGAAGUACUUCCAAUGGCUGCAAUGGAUGGGAUUAAGGUGGAAAAAAUGGACCCACCAGCAGAGGAUAGCACUGGUAGUGGCAUUAACGCUGCUGGAUAUGUGUCCAUGCUGCAGGAGUAUCAGAUAAAGGUAGAAGGAACGGAUGAACUAUCGUCCGAUUUAGAGGCAGGAGAAAUUGAUGAAUCCAUGGAAUAG